ACAUGAGUGACUUGGUCAUUGGCAUAUUCGGCAUAUGUUCGGCGUGUUGAUAGUGCGAAGCCGUACCUGACACACGCCAUUGAAAACUAACCAGCAUGACCAUCGAUAUUAUUGACAGAUGCCCCUUGAUAUUCGGUUUUCUACCACAUACAUCGGCUUUCUUCUGUUGUUAUUGUUGACAUGGAUGGAUAGUCUACCAGGUUUCGAAUGCUGAACGACUUUGCGAGUGAGAAGGAGCGAAAAAAAAAAUUAAAAAUCGUACUUCUCUCAUCGAAAGUGGUGUUAAGCCGAGUGAAAACAGUUGAGAGAUGUCAAGUACGCCGACAGUGGAUCCCGCAAUUGUCCCGACAACAAGUCACGUGACACGCGACCAGGCAUUCUACCUGACAAAGGUGAUCAGCUACAUCGCGGUGUCUGUGCUGAUCAUAGCGGGUAACCUGCUGUGUCUGGUGGUAUUCCUGCGCACUCCUCAGAUGAGGAGGAAGAGGGCCUACUACCUGCUGGUCAGUCUCAGCAUCGCGGACGCACUGGUCGGCAUUAGCCUCGUUGAGAAGAUCAUCGUCAUGACGUACUACGGAGUCGCCGAAGAGAAUAACAAUACAGCGAGCGUAAUUAAUUUCCUCGCCAGCCCCGCCUCUAUUUACACGCUCGCGACGAUUUCCAUAGAGCGCUUUAUCGUCACGGUCUUCCCUCUUUACUACCGCUCAUCUGGGAAAUCACUAUACGUCGCAAUGAUAGGUAUCCCAUGGGCAUGCGCGGUAGUAGUUGUCACGCUGUACAUUUUGGCGGUCAAUGCGCGGGCGCUACCACCAGUUGUUGUAACGUACACAAGAAUCACGAUCCCAGUCUCGCUCCUCAUCAUCUUCAUCUGCUGCACCGCGCUCACUGUGAAACUUAAGUAUGGCAGUCGCGUGUUGUCGGUCAGCAGCCGGCAAAUAUUGCGUGACAGGAAGCUGGCUAUCACGCUUCUGAUUGUCACGCUUUUGUCCUUGAUCACGUGGGUGCCGUUUGGUGUUUACGUGACAGUAUUGUAUUACUGUAUGGACUGUAAGAAAGAGACAUACGCGAGGGAUUUAUACCUUGCGCUUAAUUGGCUGCGGUUUCUCAACUCGGGAAUCAAUGUCGUCAUAUAUAUGUUCAGAAUGCCGGAGUUUAAGCGGGGCGUCGCAAGAAUCACACCUAGUCUCUAUCGCCAACAAAAUCUUCCGGCAGAGACUGGGACAAGGUCCUGCACGGAAGGCAGCGAGUUACAAAUAGAGGCGAGCGCAAGAAAGACAUUUGCCUCCAACAGCAGCUCACGCAACGUGGCCGGUAGUUGCGAUUAA